CGCAACAUCGAUUUUAUCGUGCCCAAGUUGCACGCUCCUCACGUUACCGUCUCGGCCGUCGAAUUCGCAAAGCACAUCCACAACAAUUACCCUGGGCUCAACCUCGUCUUUGAGAGCCAUGUUGCUCACACCAUACACAAAGACUUGCCAUUCCCCAUAUAUUCGGCCGCUCCUGCUGAUGCUACAGCACUGUAUGCCGACAAAAUCGACCUGGUUACCACUAUGGGUGGUGACGGCACCAUCCUACGCGCCGCAAGUCUCUUUUCAAGCCACUUCAGUGUGCCACCAAUCCUGGCUUUCAGUAUGGGCACCCUUGGGUUUCUCGGCGAGUGGAAGUUUGACGAAUACAAACGAGCUUUUCGAGAAUGCUAUAUGAGCGGUUGCAGCGUCUCAACCGAGGAUCUUGGGGAUCCUCAUACCCGAACAGCUACCACCAGGGCCAUCGAUGGUCUGCCAGACCCCGAGGGCUGGGAUAGUGUACGGGGGAAUGGAAAAUGCAUGGGCUUGAACCGUACCUCCAAGAUCCUCCUCCGAAACCGACUACGAGUCGGCAUCUACGACAGCGAAGGCCGCAAUAUCAACGAACACAUACUACCUACAUCCACAGCUGAACCAUCCUUGGGUCUCGAGGGCGAACCAGUGUUUACUGCGCAGUCUUCCACGGCUGGUGCAGCAGGAGGUAGGGGCGGCAACUCACCAUAUUUGCACGCUAUCAACGAAGUCUCGAUCGAUCGUGGAUCGCAUCCUCAUCUCGCCAUCAUUGAUAUAUUUGUCAACGGCCAUUUCCUUACCGAAGCUGUAGCAGACGGUAUCCUUAUUAGCACCCCUACAGGAUCGACAGCAUACUCUCUCUCGGCCGGCGGCUCGAUUGUUCAUCCCCUUGUGAAAUCCCUUCUUAUCACACCUAUUAGCCCGCGAAGCUUGAGUUUCCGCCCUUUGGUCUUGCCACUGCAUACCAAAGUGGUGUUGAGACUCAGCAAGCGGAACCGAGGCAGAGAGUUGCCGGUCUCGAUCGAUGGGAAACGACGCCUAGGGGUGACGAUUGGCAUGGAGGUCCGAGUGGAAGGGGAGAAGCUGGAGAGAACCGAGGAUGGGUGGAAGGGUGGUGUUCCUUGCGUGAUUAGAGCAUCGAACAAAAACGACUCGGAAGGGUUCGGAGAGGACGAUGACUCGUGGGUUGGAGGGUUGAAUGGGCUGUUGAAGUUCAAUUAUCCUUUCGGCUCAGGCUCCUAA